CACGCCCCCGCUUGUAAGGCGCUUCCCUCCCGGCCUCCGGCCCGCUGCUCGGGGAUGCUGGGAGGACGUUGAGGAAAGGCGCCCUCCUUUGCCUUGAAGGAGCCAGAGCAUCCCCCCCCCAUCUCCUUGCUCUCCCGUUGCUGCUGCUGCUGCUGCAAGAGUCGGGACUACAGGAGGCGGAGGAAGAGAGGGGGCUUUCUUUUUUAAUUUUAUUUUGCGGGCUGUGGGAGAGCCGGACACGGCGAGCGGGGCCAUGUGGUGAGAAGAAGCGGCCAAGGCAGGAGAGAAGCCUCUGCUCAUGGAAAGUGGGGGGCAAUGAGCCCCAAGGACGACGAGGAAGAGGAGGCGGGAAGCGAGUCGCCUGCGUUGUACCCGAAGAGCCCGGCGGAGGUUGCUGUGUGAGAAGCGAGGAAGGGAGGAAGCGUCUCGGUUUUCCUGUUGUAAUUAUCUUCGGGGAGUCUGCAGCUCCAGCCUCGUCUGCGCCCCGUUUCUUCAGCCUCUUUAAAAGCGCCUCCUUUUGAGUGAUGUGCGCGGGGCGGCUUUCCUCCUGCUUAAGCCUGCCCGAGGAACUGGAUUAAUUCAGCCUUCCUUACUCUCCUGUCGCGGUUCGUCAGGCAGGCCGGUUGCGGAUGUGCUUUGUGGGCAAAGAUGCUGGAUCUGUUGGGGAAAGUCCUGCGCAGAAUAGAAGGCCCUCCUGUAAUCCUGGGAACCUGGAGACCUUUUUCUUCCUCCUCCUGCUGCUUUGCUACCUUCAUGGAUAUAAAUAACUGGCUGCUCUUUUACGGGAUCCUCUACCUGGUGCUGUAUGCCCAAGUUUCCCAGUCGAAGACUUGUGAAAGAACCUCGUGCUUUUCUGGUCGAUGUGUCAAUUCCAGCUGCCUCUGUGAUCAAGGCUGGGUGGGGGAUCAGUGCCAGCAUUGCCAAGGCAGGUUCAAGUUAACUGAAUCAUCUGGAUAUUUAACGGAUGGGCCGAUAAAUUAUAAAUACAAAACUAAAUGUACAUGGUUAAUUGAAGGAUUCCCUAAUUCAGUUUUAAGAUUAAGAUUUAAUCAUUUUGCAACAGAAUGUAGUUGGGAUCAUAUGUAUGUUUAUGAUGGCGAUUCAAUAUAUGCACCUUUAAUAGCUGUAUUUAG